AACAGUCUCUUCCUAGUCGCGGCGGUUUCAGGUCGCAAAAUUAAGCUAUAUUCCGGUACAAUAGUGCACAGUGAUAAGUAGACAAGAUGUGUGACGACGAUGCUGGCGGUCUAGUUGUUGAUAAUGGAUCCGGAAUGGUCAAGGCCGGUUUUGCCGGUGAUGACGCACCGCGUUCCGUGUUUCCUUCGAUCGUUGGUCGUCCCCGGCACCAGGGUGUGAUGGUCGGUAUGGGUAACAAGGACUCGUAUGUCGGCGAUGAGGCUCAAUCCAAACGUGGUAUUCUUACUUUGAAAUACCCGAUCGAGCAUGGAAUCAUCACUAAUUGGGAUGAUAUGGAAAAGGUUUGGCAUCACACCUUCUACAAUGAGCUGCGCGUUGCCCCAGAGGAACAUCCGAUCUUGCUGACUGAAGCACCGUUGAACCCGAAGGCUAACCGUGAGAAGAUGACUCAGAUUAUGUUUGAAACCUUCAACUCGCCUGCCAUGUACGUCGCCAUCCAGGCUGUUCUGUCAUUGUAUGCUUCCGGUCGUACCACCGGUAUCGUUCUGGAUUCUGGUGAUGGAGUAUCCCACACAGUUCCAAUCUACGAAGGUUAUGCUUUGCCACACGCCAUCCUCCGUCUGGACUUGGCCGGUCGUGAUCUUACCUCGUAUCUCAUGAAGAUCCUGACUGAACGCGGCUAUUCCUUCACCACCACCGCUGAGCGUGAAAUCGUUCGCGAUGUCAAAGAAAAGCUGUGUUACGUUGCUUUGGAUUUCGAGCAGGAAAUGGCUAUUGCUGCCGCUUCUACCUCGUUGGAGAAGUCCUAUGAACUUCCAGACGGUCAGGUCAUUACCAUCGGCAAUGAGCGUUUCCGCGCCCCAGAGGCACUGUUCCAGCCAUCUUUCCUAGGAAUGGAAGCUGUGGGUGUCCACGAGACUGUGUAUAACUCAAUCAUGAAGUGCGAUGUCGACAUCCGUAAGGAUCUGUACGCCAACACUGUUAUGUCCGGUGGUACCACCAUGUAUCCAGGUAUUGCUGAUCGUAUGCAGAAGGAAAUCACCGCCCUGGCCCCAUCGACAAUCAAGAUCAAGAUCAUCGCACCUCCAGAGCGCAAAUACUCCGUUUGGAUCGGUGGUUCCAUUUUGGCUUCCCUGUCCACCUUCCAGUCGAUGUGGAUCUCGAAGGAAGAAUACGAUGAAUCCGGUCCAUCCAUUGUUCAUCGUAAGUGCUUCUAAGUCUGAUGACGAACACCAAAAAUAUGGCAGCAGCAACAGCAUCAACACCAGCAAGCAUCGAAUUUUUUUUACUGUGUAGCGUUGUCACUAUGCAAUGUAAUGUGGAUUAUUAUUUUCUUGUGAAUUUUUUCUAGCGAAUGACUUUUAGACUAAUAAUAAUAAAUUGAAAGCAGACUCCCGUAAGAUCGGAAAAUAGUAUCAAAUGGUCGGUGUUAAGUCAGACCGGACUAAGUGACAAAAUAUUGAUUUCGAGAAAAACGAGCUUAAAGUUUGAAUCGCAGCAUCCUUUACGUUAUAAAUGGAAAUUAAUUUUUGUCGUAAUUCUUGUUUAUUGUUACAUAUUUAAAAUCUGGUAAGAGUCUAGUGUAGCUGAAGAAAUUCUUUAUCCAGUGCUAUCAUUAUCUCAUUUUUUUUGGUGUUUUGCGACUUAGUCCGGUCUGACUUAACACCGACCAAAUGUACUAACAAAUGGAAUUUAAAAUGCUCAAUACGAUCGAAAAAUCUUCCUAUAGCUGUUUAAGAGGAACGUUACGAUAUAGCUUUAGUAGCAAAUGAGGGGAAAACACUUGUUUUGUUAUUUUAUUGAUCUAUAUUAAAAAAAGUUAGAAAUUA